CGCCAGCACCGCCACGGCGGCGGCGGCGGCGACGCGGAAGGGGUGGCUGGCGGAGCGCGGAGCCCCGGCGGAGCAGGAGCAGGAGGAGGAGGAAGAAGAAGAAGAAGAAGGGGAAGACGACGGGGAGGCGGCGGCUGCGGAGGAGGAGGAGGAGGAGGCGGCGGCGGCAGCACCGGCAGCAGCAGCAGCAGCAGCGAGCCCGCCCGGCCGCGGCCGGAGCAGGGGUUGGCCAUGGCGGAGAACCUGCUGGACGGGCCGCCCAACGCCAAGCGGGCCAAGCUCAACUCGCCCAGCUUCUCCACCCCCGACACCACAGAUUUUGGAAAUUUCUUUGAUUUGGAAAAUGAUCUUCCUGAUGAGCUGAUUCCUAACGGAGAGCUGAAUCUUUUAAACAGCAGUGGGAACCUUGUUCCGGAUGCAGCUUCCAAACACAAGCAACUUUCCAAACUUCUGAGGGAAGGCAGUGGGUCUUCAGUCAACCCAGGACAUGGGAGCGUGAACUCCAGCAGCCCUGUCCCACAAGGUGUCAAUAGCCAAGUCCAAGGGCAGCCAAACAGCGUGAAUAUUGGCAGCCUCGGUGUGAUGGGCACGAGCCCCUUAAACCAGGGAGACGCUGCUGCAGCAAGUCUGGCCAAGCAGGCCGCCAGCACAUCGGGGCCCAGCACCCCGGCCGCUCAAGCCCUGAACUCUCAAGCACAAAAACAGGUGGGGAUGGUGACGGGCAGCCCUGCAGCCUCCCAGGCAGGAGCUGGGAUAUGUAUGAACACUGGCUUCAACCAACCACAUCCGGGUCUUCUCAAUAGUAACUCAGGCCACACUUUAAUGAACCAGGCCCAGCAAGGACAAGGGCAGGUAAUGAACGGAUCCCUUGGGGCAGCUGGAAGAGGACGCGGCGCCGGAAUACAGUAUUCUACCCCCACCAUGCAGGGAAAUGCAAGCAGUGUGCUGGCAGAGCCCUUGGCACAAGUGACUCCUCAAAUGACCGGUCACACAGGCAUGAACACGGCCCAGGCGGGAGCCAUGGCAGCAAAAAUGGGAAUGGCCAGUAACCCAAGUUCCUUCGGGCAGCCGUUUAGUCAAACUGGAGGGCAGCAGCUGGGAGCGGCAGGCGUCAACCCUUCCUUACCAAAUAAGCCAGGCAUGGCAAAUAGCUUGUCUCCCUUCCCUUCAGACAUCAAGAGUGUUUCAGUUACCAGUGUGCCAAAUAUGUCUCAAAUGCAAACCCAGGUACAGCAGGUGGGAAUUGUACCCACACCGGCAAUUGCAACAGGGCCAACAGCUGAUCCUGAGAAGCGCAAACUUAUUCAGCAGCAAUUGGUUCUGCUCCUUCAUGCCCACAAGUGUCAGAGACGAGAACAAGCCAAUGGAGAGGUGCGGCCUUGUGCUCUUCCCCACUGCCGAACCAUGAAAAACGUCCUCAAUCACAUGACGCAUUGUCAAGCUGGAAAGGCCUGUCAAGUUGCUCAUUGCGCAUCAUCACGUCAGAUCAUAUCCCACUGGAAGAACUGUACGCGGCACGAUUGUCCUGUGUGUCUCCCAUUGAAAAAUGCCAGUGACAAGAGGAACCAGCAACCGCUCCUUGGACCCCCAGUUGGUGGAAUACAGAAUUCAAUUGCCUCUGGAACAGGCCAGCCAGCAACUCCUAUGAGUAACCCUAAUCCCAUUGACCCCAGUUCCAUGCAGCGCGCCUACGCGGCUCUCGGCCUGCCCUACGGCAACCAGCCACAGGCGCAGUUGCAGCCGCAAGUGCAAGGCCAGCAACCUGCCCAGCCUCAGGCCCAUCAGCAAAUGAGGACCAUCAAUGCACUGGGAGCUAAUCAAAUGAACCUGGCUGCAGGUGGAAUCACAGACCAACAAGGUAGCAUGCUCCCAGAGACGGCUCUUCCGACAGCACUUGGAGCAGCAAACCCCUUAAUGAGUGAUGGCACUAAUUCUGGCAGUGUUGGAAAUCUCAGUGGCUCUAUGCCAACAGCUGCACCACCUUCCAGUACCGGGGUGAGGAAAACCUGGCAUGAGCAUGUCACUCAGGAUCUGCGCAAUCACUUAGUACACAAACUUGUGCAAGCCAUCUUUCCGACUCCUGACCCAGCCGCACUGAAAGAUCGCCGGAUGGAGAAUCUGGUGGCGUAUGCUCGGAAAGUAGAAGGAGAUAUGUAUGAAUCUGCUAACAGCAGGGAUGAAUAUUACCAUUUGUUGGCAGAGAAAAUCUACAAAAUACAAAAGGAGCUAGAGGAAAAACGGAGGUCUCGUUUACAUAAGCAAGGGAUCUUGGGUAAUCAGCCAGCCUUACAGGCCCCCGGGGCUCAGCCUCCUGGCAUUCCGCAGGUGGCAGCAACCAUGGGACAACCGCAGCCUGUGAGACCUCCCAAUGGGCCGUUGUCCAUGCCAAAUGUGCCUAUGAGCCGCAUGCCGGUCUCUCAAGGAGUGAAACAGUUUAACCCCCUGUCCAUAGGGAACGUCCAAAUGCCUCCGGCAUCGCUAGGGCCUCGUGCAGCUUCUCCGAUGAACCUUCCCGUCCAGAUGAGCAACAUGGGUUCCGUUUCAACGAUGGCUCUGUCUCCUUCCCGGAUGCCUCAGUCACAGAACAUGAUAGGAGCUCAUUCCAACAGUCUGAUGGGCCAGGCCUCUACCCAAAACCAGUUCCUGCCUCAGAAUCCGUUUCCUGCCUCCAGUGGAACUCUGAAUCUCAACAGUGUAGCCCUGGGUCAAUCAGCAGCGCAGGCAGGAGUAUCGCAGGGGCAGGUUCCUGGUGCUGCUCUUCCGAAUCCUGUGAAUCUCCUAGGAUCACAAACUAGCCAGCUCUCCUGCCCUCCAGCCACCCAGCCCCCCCUUCAUCAGCCUGCACCUCCUUUACCCGCGACGGCCGGCGUGCCGCCGGUUCAGCACCAGACCCCACCGGGACUGAACCCUCCACAGCCAGCAGUGCCUGCCCAGCCGUCCACCCCCACCUCCUCUUCUGGACAAGCCCCCACUCCAGCCGCUGGCUCAGCUCCGAAUGCCGCCAGCAUACAGAUGCAGGGCACACCUUUGGGGCAAGCGGCGGCAGCAGCGCAGGCUCAAGGCACCCCACAGCAGCCUCAGACCCCAGGGCAGCCCCCAUCUGUGCCAACCCCACAGCCAUCACAGCAGCAGCCAAUGUCAGCCCAGGCCCCGGGCACUCCACUAUCCCAGGCAGCAGCAGCAAGCAUUGACAACAGGGUGCCUACGCCAGGUUCUGCCGCCAGCGCUGAGGUCAGUGCCCAGCAGCUUGGGCAUGAGGCUCCGAUGCAAGAGAUUAAAGCGGAAGUUAAGACUGAGAAGUCUGAGUCAGACUGUGGAGAUGCUCAAGUGGAGCCAAAGCCGGAGCUGGAGGAGGACAUCCCAGGGCCAACGCAAACCAAAGAAGAAACCAAUGGGGUAGAGGUCAAGCAGGAACCGAUGGAGGUAGAAGGGAGGAAACCUGAGAUCAAAGAGGAGGACGACAGUGGCAGUAAUGGCGCCACCUCACAAUCAACGUCACCAUCCCAGCCACGGAAAAAGAUCUUUAAACCUGAAGAGCUGCGCCAGGCCCUCAUGCCCACCCUGGAGGCUCUGUACCGUCAGGACCCCGAAUCGCUCCCUUUCAGGCAGCCUGUGGACCCGCAGCUCCUGGGCAUUCCGGAUUACUUUGACAUUGUGAGGAAUCCCAUGGAUCUUUCCACAAUCAAGCGCAAGUUGGAUACAGGGCAGUACCAAGAGCCUUGGCAGUACGUGGAUGAUGUCUGGCUCAUGUUCAAUAAUGCCUGGCUUUAUAACCGCAAGACGUCGAGAGUCUAUAAAUUUUGCACUAAGCUUGCAGAGGUCUUUGAACAAGAAAUCGACCCCGUUAUGCAGUCCUUGGGAUACUGUUGUGGACGCAAGUAUGAAUUUUCCCCUCAGACCUUGUGCUGCUAUGGCAAACAGCUGUGUACUAUUCCUCGGGAUGCCGCCUACUACAGUUACCAGAACAGGUAUCACUUCUGUGAGAGAUGUUUCACUGAAAUCCAGGGGGAAAACGUUACCCUGGGUGAUGACCCUGCCCAGCCUCAAACAACAAUAUCAAAAGAUCAAUUUGAGAAGAAGAAAAACGAUACGUUAGAUCCAGAGCCCUUUGUUGACUGCAAAGAAUGUGGCCGGAAGAUGCACCAGAUCUGUGUGCUGCAUUAUGAUAUUAUCUGGCCUUCAGGGUUUGUGUGUGACAACUGCUUGAAGAAAACUGGACGAACACGCAAAGAAAACAAAUUCAGUGCCAAAAGGUUACAGACCACCCGCUUAGGAAACCACUUGGAAGAGAGGGUAAAUAAAUUUUUGCGGCGGCAGAAUCACCCGGAAGCUGGGGAAGUCUUUGUGAGAGUAGUAGCCAGUUCAGAUAAAACAGUGGAAGUGAAACCAGGAAUGAAAUCUAGGUUCGUAGACUCGCGUGAGAUGUCCGAGUCUUUCCCCUACCGAACAAAGGCUCUCUUUGCUUUUGAAGAGAUUGAUGGCGUGGACGUGUGCUUCUUCGGCAUGCACGUGCAGGAGUAUGGGUAUGAGUGCCCACCCCCAAACACCAGGCGUGUGUACAUCUCCUACUUAGAUAGUAUUCAUUUCUUCCGCCCAAGAUGCCUCCGGACUGCUGUUUAUCAUGAAAUCCUUAUUGGGUAUCUGGAAUAUGUCAAGAAACUGGGGUACGUGACCGGCCACAUCUGGGCCUGCCCUCCGAGCGAGGGGGAUGACUACAUCUUCCACUGUCACCCUCCUGAUCAGAAAAUCCCCAAACCCAAGCGGCUGCAGGAAUGGUACAAAAAGAUGCUGGACAAGGCCUUUGCCGAGAGGAUCAUCCAUGACUACAAGGACAUCUUCAAGCAAGCGACGGAGGACCGGCUGACCAGUGCAAAGGAACUGCCUUACUUUGAAGGCGACUUCUGGCCCAAUGUGCUCGAGGAGAGCAUCAAGGAGCUGGAACAGGAAGAGGAGGAGAGGAAAAAGGAAGAGAGCACGGCGGCCAGCGAAACCACGGAGGGGAGCCAGGGAGACAGCAAGAGCGCCAAGAAGAAGAACAACAAGAAGACCAACAAGAACAAGAGCAGCAUCAGCAGAGCCAACAAGAAGAAGCCCAUCAUGCCCAACGUCUCCAACGACCUCUCGCAGAAGCUCUACGCCACCAUGGAGAAGCACAAGGAGGUCUUCUUCGUGAUCCACUUGCACGCCGGCCCUGUGGUCAACACCUUGCCCCCCAUCGUGGACCCGGAUCCGUUGCUGAGCUGUGACCUGAUGGACGGUCGCGACGCCUUUCUCACUUUAGCCAGGGACAAGCACUGGGAGUUCUCCUCGCUGCGCCGCUCCAAGUGGUCCACGCUGUGCAUGCUGGUGGAGCUGCACACCCAAGGCCAGGACCGUUUCGUCUACACGUGCAACGAGUGCAAGCACCACGUGGAGACCAGGUGGCAUUGCACCGUCUGCGAGGACUACGACCUCUGCAUCAGCUGCCACAACAGCAAGAGCCACGAACACAAGAUGGUGAAGUGGGGCCUGGGCCUGGACGACGACAGCGGCAGCCAGGGCGAGCAGCAGUCCAAGAGCCCCCAGGAGUCGCGCCGGCUCAGCAUCCAGCGCUGCAUCCAGUCCCUGGUGCACGCCUGCCAGUGCCGCAACGCCAACUGCUCGCUGCCCUCCUGCCAGAAGAUGAAGCGGGUGGUCCAGCACACCAAGGGCUGCAAGCGCAAGACCAACGGGGGCUGCCCGGUCUGCAAGCAGCUGAUCGCCCUGUGCUGCUACCACGCCAAGCACUGCCCGGAGAACAAGUGCCCCGUGCCCUUCUGCCCCAACAUCAAGCACAAGCUCCGGCAGCAGCAGAUCCAGCACCGGCUGCAGCAGGCGCAGCUCAUCCGCCGCAGGAUGGCCACCAUGACCACCCGCAACGUGCCUCAGCAGAGCUUGCCUUCUCCUACCUCAGCCGCCGCGCCCGGCGCCCCGCCGCAGGCCCCGCCUCAGCCGCCCGGCGCCCCGCCGGCCCCGCAGCAGGCCCCGCCUCAGCCCGCCCCCGCCGGCUUCCCCGGAGCCGCAAGGACUCCAGCGCCACCGCCCGUGUCCACCGGCAAGCCCGCCCAGCCUCCCCCGGGGGCCGCGCCCCCACCGCCCACCCAGCCUCCCCCGGGGGCCGUGGAAGCAGCCCGGCAAAUUGAGAUCGAAGCAGCCCAGCAGCAGCAGCAACAGCAGCAGCAGCAGCAACAACAGCAGCAGCAGCAGCAGCUCUACCGGGUGAGCAGCAACGGCCUGCCUCCGGGGCGGGCGGGCCUGGUGAGCCCGGCGGUGGGAGCGGCGAACCCCAUGCAGCAGGCUGGCGUGAAUGUCACCCGGCCCAACACCGUGAGCGGCCCGGCGAUCUCCCCGCUGCAGCCCGGGCCGUGGCAGUCGGCUCCCCUGCCCGCCCAGCAGCCCGGAAUGGCCCGACCGGUCCUGCCGGUGCCGGCCCAGCAAGCGGUGGCCGGCCCGAGGAUGCCAGGGGUGCAGCCGCCCCCGCCGCCCCGCUGCAUCCCCCCCAACGCCCUGCAGGAGCUGCUACGGACCUUGAAAUCGCCCAGCUCCCCGCAGCAGCAGCAGCAGGUGCUCAACAUUCUGAAGUCGAACCCGCAACUCAUGGCAGCUUUUAUCAAGCAGAGAACAGCCAAAUACGUAGCAAACCAGCCGGGCCUGCAGCAGCCCCAGGCCGCGCUGCAGCCGCCGCAGCCCCCCCCGCCCCCGCCCGCAGGGCUGCACGCUCAGCCGGGCCUGCAGAACAUGAGUGCCAUGCAGGCAGGCGUGCAGCGGCCAGGCAUUCCUCCCCAGCAGCCAGGACUGGCCGGCUUGAACCCCGCUCAGGGCCAGCCCAUCAACAUCAUGAACCCGGCCCACAGCUCCAGCAUAGCCGGCAUGAGCCCCCAGUACAGGGAGAUCCUGAGAAGGCAGCUCCUGCAGCAGCAGCAGCAGCAGCAGCAGCAAGGCGGGGCUGGGAUGGCCGCUCACAAUCAGUUCCAGCAGCCUCCAGGCCCUGGUGGCUAUUCCCAAGCCAUGCAGCAGCAGCGGAUGCAGCAGCAGCAGCAGCAGCAGCAGCACCUCUCCAUCCAAGCAGGGGCCCUGGGCCCAAUGGCUCAGAUGGGACAGCUGAACCCCAUGGGGCAGCCUGGCCUGGGGGCGGACGGCAGCCCCAGCCUCCAGCAAGCGCUGCAGCAGCGGAUCCUGCAGCAGCAGCAGCAGCAGCAGAUGAAGCAGCAGCUGGGCUCGCCGGGCCAGGCCAACCCCAUGAGUCCCCAGCAGCACCUGCUCUCAGGACAAGCCCCACCGGCGCCGGCGGGCGCCCCCCACCUGCCCGGCCAGCCGAUGAGCGCCUCUCUGAGCAGCCAGGUGCGGUCGCCGGCGCCUGUCCAGUCCCCGCGGCCCCAGUCCCAGCCGCCACAUUCCAGCCCUUCCCCCCGGAUACAGCCCCAGCCCUCCCCGCACCACGCCUCGCCCCAGACUGGCUCCCCCCACCCCGGGCUGGCCGUGACCCUGGCGAGCUCCAUGGACCUGGGCAACCCCGAGCAGAGUGCAAUGCUUCCCCAGCUCAACACCCCCAACAGGAACGUCUUGCCCAAUGAGUUAUCCCUGGUUGGCGACACUACAGGAGGAGACACACUAGAGAAGUUUGUGGAGGGCUUGUAGCGUUGCGGGAGGCCCCCCACCCACCCACCCGCCCCGCUGCCGGCCGGACCCCCCUCCCCUCCCCUCCCCUCCCCUCCCUCGGGCUCCUGGACAUUUUGUACUGAAAACGCAGACCUCUAGCUUGAGUGAAGCCCCAAGUGGGACUGGUUCGUCCUACACCCAUGGAAGGAUGAAUUGCUGUUUAAAAACAAAAACAAAGAAUAUAUAUUUUUUUGUUGAAAGCCAGCCGGGGUUGUUAAACUAUCUGGUCUCUCUUUUUUCGUUGUUGUUCUUGUUGUGGGGUUUUUUUUUUUAGGGUUUUUGUUUUGUUUUGUUUUUUUAGUUUUGUUGUUACUGUUGACUUUGCUUUUUUAAAGGGGAAAACAAGUCCAUUAUAUUCAUAUUUUUAUUUGUACUUUCAAGACUAAGCAUUUGCGUUUAACAGAGAAGACAAAUAAUAUUCAGAAACUGUUUCCUGAGAUAAUGCAACAUUCUAAUGUAUCCUGCUAACUUUCUGACGUUUGGCAGAAAGAUUUUUUUCUAUUCUAUACUGAACUCUGCAGGUAUCUGAAGUAUUAUUACCCCUGGAAAAGAUAGGAACGGACUUGUGCACACAGAAACACACGUUGCCGAUGUAGAGAUCGUUGCUUUGUUUCUCUGAUAAAACUGGUUUUAGAUUUACAAAUAAAUAAACAAACACAGGGACGAUCACGUCUUAGGCCAUGCUAAUUUUAACAGGGAAGAAGCAUAUUCUUUUCUUUAAUUCUUUGAUGUGAAACUUGAAAUGAGGAAAAGCAAUUAUAGUGUAAAUCAUGCAAGCUCUAUAAUUACUAUAAAUAUGAAAAAUUCAAGAUUCAAUCACUGUACAGAAUGGGGGAAAGCAAACUCAUUUCUUACUUCUAUAGCAUAUUGUUAAAUAAACUGUGUGCCACAGACAAAAAGGGUGGUCCUUGAAUUCAUGUACAUGGUAUUAACUUAGUGUUUGGAUUUUUUUGUUAUGAAAAAUGCCGUUUUCAACAUUGUAUUUGGACUAUGCAUGUCUUUUUCCAUUGUAUAUAAAGUAUUGCUUAAAAGUGAUAUAAAUUACUGAAGUUUUUAA